AAGAAAAGAUACUGUUGACAUCAUUUGUGGUCGCUGGUCAGUGACUGAAGUUUAACUACACUUUCCCAUUCUUGGAAUCAAAAUGCCUCCUUCCUUUCAUUUACUCUGCAACUUGUUUUGUCAGCAUAUUACUUUAUUCUCCUGAAAAAAAUCCCACAUUCUUGCCCUGUCAGAUUUCCCAAAACUUUCUUGGAAUAUAAGUGUCAAAGAUUUGAUUUUAUUUGACAUAGAGAGAAAUAGAGAGAAAGAUUGUGUGUUGUUAAUGGAGCUGGUAAGUUACUCUGACCCCAUGAAUGAAUCAAGUAACUCUAGUCCACCAUGGCAAGAAAUGUUCCAAUCUGCUUCAAUGAUGAAAACUGAUGCACAAUUCAAGAACAAUGGCUCAACACAAACUCCCCCAACAAAAAACACAGAAACCAAAGAUCAAAACUUCUUAUCAGAUGAAUCUCAGCAGGUACGCUUGGCCCUCUAUAUAGCAAUGGCUCAUGCUGGUCUUGCAUUCACAAUUUUCAUUCUUUAUGCUGUUGGCAAAUUGCUUGAAGAAUAUUUGAGGCCUAUUUUGUGGGCAGUGCUUUGUUCAAUACCUUUAAGAGGAAUUCAGCAAGCCCUUGUUGCAUUUUGGUCUGAACCUUUGAAACUAGGCCUCACAGAGACUAUUUUGGCUGUCCCUAUUGCUGUAUUUCACGUUUUUGUUGGAACCCUUGUUGAUAUUAGGGAAAUGAUUUUCAGAAUUGUUCUUAGGAGACAAAAAGGCAGUACUUUGAAGCGCAAUCGAAGCGGGUUUUUUAUGUUGUUGCGGUGGCUAGUUUCAUUUUGGGUGUUUGUUAUGGCAUAUGAGGAAAUUGGUCUCUUUGGAUCACUAGUACUUCUUGCAUUGGGAUUUAUGGUUCCUGCAAACAGUGUGGAGUCUACUAUGAAUGCCGUAACGUCUUUUAGAAGUCAAAGUUUCCGUAGACUGUCGAUAUCGGCUUUUUUCACUAGAGGGAUAUUGAAACGAUUAAAAACAAUAGUGGCGGUAGGACUGAUUAUCGGGUUGAGUGUUGGUUCGUUGGCAGGUACGGUUUUUUUCUCAUAUGAAAUUGGAUUGGAAGGAAAAGACGCGGUUAUUGCGUUGAAAUCCCGUGUAGAAGAGAGUAAUUAUGCUGAGAAAAUUGGCAUCAAACAAUGGAUGGAUGAAAAUGAUGUACCUGGGAUGGUGGAUAAUUAUACUAGUCAAUUAUAUGAGACAGUAUUUGACCAGAUGGAUAGCUACGCGAAGCAAUACAAUAUGACUGAAUUUGUUUCCGGGAUCAAACAUUUUAUUAGGACACCCGUGAAUAAUGAACGGUCUACGGCUUUGUCAUCCCGCUCUCGAUUUACUCAGAAAAUCAUGAGCGUUAAAAGGAGGAUUAAGGAUCGCGAAUGGGCACAAAUGUACGCAGAAGCGGGUGCGAUUUUCAAGGAAUUGCUGAUCACUAGAAAGGACUUGGUUGAAAAGGCAAAAGGCUUUGCCCUUCAAGGAACAAAUGUUAUGCAAGGGGUACUUGUUACUGGCACGUCACUUUUAGGUAGCAGCGUGCAGGUCAUGUUCUCGAUCGGAAGUUCUAUACUUUCAGGAGCUGCAGGAAUUUUCAAUUUCGUGUCUCAAUCGAUGGUGUUCUUUUGGGUACUUUAUUAUCUCAUCACAUCGGGGUCCGGAGGAGCAACGGAACAAGUAAUAUGCAUGCUUCCGAUAUCGCAUUCUGCAAGGACUCGAUGUGUUGAAGUUCUUGAUAAAGCGAUUUCUGGAGUUAUUUUAACGACUGCUGAGAUUGCGUUCUUUCAGGGAUGCUUGACUUGGCUCUUGUUCAGAUUAUACUCGAUACAUUUUUUGUACAUGUCGACCAUCCUUGCAUUUAUCAGUCCUCUGUUUCCGAUUUUCCCUACAUGGCUUUCGACUCUUCCAGCAGCAUUACAGUUAGUGUUUGAAGGUCGAUAUAUAUUGGCCGUUAGCUUAUCCGUUAUUCAUCUUGUGCUUAUGGAUUAUGGUACUUCCGAAAUUCAAGAUGAUAUACCGGGCUAUAGUGCUUAUCUCACUGGUCUCAGCAUUAUCGGUGGAAUGACAUUGUGUUCUUCAGCAGUUGAGGGAGCGAUAAUGGGGCCGCUAAUAACUACAGUUGUGAUUGGAAUUAAAGAUUUGUAUGUUGAUUUUCUACUGGAAGCACAGAAGGAAUGAGUACAAAAAAAACCGUGUUUCCAACACCCUCUGAAAGUAUUUCGUAGCCAUGGGAAGAAAUGCUGCAACUUAGCUUGAUCGCGAAGUAUUACAAUAGCAUUGAGUCUUUUUCGCGGAUCAAUGGUUGGCUUUGUUUCUCCCUGUGAUUGACUGUCUGUGUCCUCUGCAAAUUGGCUCGAUGUUUAUGUAUGUCACUAUGUCUCCAAAAUCCGUCAAUUCGUCUUUCUUUGCAAAUUGGCUCGAUAUUUGUGUAUGUCUGCAACAUCUGUCAGUUCAUCUUUUUCAGCAAAUUGGCUCGAGUUCUUAUGUAUGCCUCCAAGAUCUGUCAAUCUGUGUAUGUAAGUUGCUAGCUCCUUGGUUAAUGUAUAUGUAUGUAUAUCAUUUUUCUGAAUAGUGGUUUGUGUGAAGAGUUAGUUACUACAAUUUGCAAGCUUCUAA